AUGCAGAUCAUCCGGUGGCUCUACCUCUCCGGGCUGGUGUUUGCCGUGCUGAUCCCGGCAGGGUGGCAGAUGGGCCCCAAGGACUUGGAUGACACAUCCAGAUGGCAGUCACACGAAUCCCGAAGCGCCCGAAGCUUCACGUCCAACGUCAAGCGACACUCAGAAGGCACCUUCACCAGCGACUUCACCCGCUACCUGGACAAGAUGAAGGCCAAGGACUUUGUGCACUGGCUCAUCAACACCAAGCGGUACAGCUCCACGAAGAGGUACCUGAAGGAGGAGCCCCGCAGCAUCCCCUUCCCGGCUGCGUUCCCACCGCUGGCGUAA